AUGUUGCCAUCAGUGUUUCUCCCCCUCUACUCCUCCCGCACUUAAGAACUAUAUUUGACACAGACACAUUAUUUUACAUUCCGUUGCGAUUUUUCUUAAGAAUAAAGUAAGGCGCCAGUUGCAACGAUGUUUUUCGGCGUUUAUAUCCCAAACUUGAAGGAGGGAACCGGAACGCAAUUCCCCGGCUCCGUAGCGACAGAGCGCCCAAAGGCUCCAAAUGGAGAGGAUCAUCACAGACCAGCGGACUCGCCGUUGUGGCUGAUAUUCACAGAAAAAACCAAGGCGCUGGACGUCCUGAAACACUACAAGGAGGCGCGCUUCCGCGAGUUCCCCACAUUGGAGCAGGCGGAGAGCUACGUCCAGUUUGGGUUCGAGAGCAUCGAGGCGCUCAACAGAUUCGGCAAGGCCAAAACAGAAAGCAAGCCCAUUCCGAUAGGCGGUGGUGGUUACAAGAGCUCAUCGGGCUCCACGGACAGUUUGUACUCCUCCUCGCCGACGGGCAGUGGGGGUUUAAUGCUAGGCAGCUCACCCACUUCAUCGCCUACCAGCAGUAUCAGCAGCAGCAUUAUCAUUGCCAAUGGACGCCAGCAGCAGCAGCAGCAGCAGCAGCAGGACUUGUCCGGAGAACGUCCACCAUUCCGGGCGCCCACCAAACAGGAACUGCAGGAGUUCCGCAAACAGAUCGAAGGUGGACACAUCGAACGCGUCAAGCGGAUUGUGUGGGAAAACCCACGAUUUUUGAUCAGCAGCGGUGAUACGCCGACCAGUUUGAAGGAGGGCUGUCGCUACAACGCCAUGCACAUCUGCGCCCAGGUGAACAAGCCCAGGAUCGCUCAGCUGCUGCUGAAGACCAUUACGGAUCCGGAGUUCGCGCAGCUGUAUGCUGGCAAGAAGGGCAGCCGCCACAUGUGCGCCGCCCUCAACCGGAGUCUGUUGGACUAUUAUCUAAAUAUGCCGGACAAGGCGCGUGGCGAGACGCCGCUCCACUUUGCCGCAAAGAACGGUCAUGCGGACAUGGUCGAGGUGCUCAUUUCCUAUCCGGAGUGCAAGUCGCUCCCGAACUUGGAGGGCAAGGAGCCCAAGGAGAUUAUCUGUCUGCGUAAUGCGCAGGCCACCAAUGGGUGCAUCCUAAAGAUAACCAUGCUCCUGGACGAUCCGUACUUUGUGCCUGUGUUGAGAUGCAUGUCCAAUACAAUUCCGCCGCAAGUGGGUAAACCAUUCUCGCCCAGCGAUCCCCCGAACCUGCAGUCCAAGACAAGUCAAGGCGUGGGCCUCAGCGAGGAACUGACAAUCAGCGCACUGGCUGGACCCAUGCCCCGCGAAAGUGCCAACAACUUCCAUCGGCGCUGGAAGACACCGCCGCGAGUCAGCAGCAGCAGCAGCAGCGGCUGCUCGCCCUUCAGCACACCAAAUAAGAUUAAUCCCAACCUUAACCACAGCACUGAGCACGGACGCAAGCUGAUGUUUAGCCCGCUGGCGGCGGCCACAAGCUCGCCGUGUGAGAAAAACAACAACAACAACAACACUGUCAAACCGCCGGCGAAUUUCUUCGAACUGCCGGCCACACCCAUACGGAAUUCGAAAGGGGAUGUGUUUACGGCAUAUCGCGACCCCAUCAACGGCCACGACUCGUCAAUGGCCGAUAUCUCCGGCCUCCUGGACACGAGUUUCGGAUUGGGUAGCGUAAACUUGAAUGACAGCUUCCGGGAGCGGAGCAUUAAGAACUCGGAUAUCGAGAAGGGAUUGGAAAUGGUGGGCCGUGAGCUGGCGCGUAAGGAGCGUUGGGAGUGGCGGGAGUACUGGGACUUCCUGGACACGUUCGUAGACCUAAGCUCCUCCGAUGGCCUGGCCCGCCUGGACGCCUAUCUGCGAGACAGGGCCGAACGGCAGGCGGAAACAGCAUGCAGCUCUGCUGCCACGUUUGAUUUUGACUUGCUGGCGAUUGACGACCAGCAGCAGCCGCUGCUACGCAAGGAACGGGACGAGGCCCCAUUCAUGACGCCAUACACCUGCGUUGAGAAGUCUCUGCAGGUGUUUGCCAAACGCAUCGCCAAGGUCCUGAUCAAUAAAAUCGGCGACACAAAAGAAACUCUACUUGGCGAGCUGAAACGUCUCAAAUCUCUAAUCGCCAGCUUCAAGGCUGAUGCCCGCUUCCUUAGCGUGGAUUUUAGCAAGGUGCAUUCACGCAUCGCCAACCUGGUGGCCCUGAACGUGGUGAACGUGGCCAUGAAGCUGCAGAUCCUCCAGAUGCUCCGCACCAUGCGCGAACUGCUGGCCAAUGAGCGCGGCAGGGAGCUGCAUUUGGGCUGCUUGUGCGGCAGCCUACUGCAAAGUUUGGAGCAGGCCACGCCCACUGCAGCACCUCCGCCGGACUCACUGAAAACGGAGGAGCUAUGCUCGGCCGCCUGGCAGACGGAGCAGUGCUGCCACUGCCUCUGGGACGCAAGUCUCAGCCGCCAGACGAGCCGACGCAAGCGCACCAAGUCGCUGCGGUCAGUGCCGUCGCAGCCUCAGUUGUCGGUAUCAUCAUCAUCGUCCACGUCCACGUCCACGGGAGGCGGAUCAACCGGCGCAAUGCACGUCUCGCUGAGCCUUGGUGCGCCGAGGGGCUGGCGCCGGCAGCAGAGCGACGACGAGGACAACGACAGCGACGAUGACGGUUGCUUCUUUGAGUGCAAUGCACAAACGCCGCCACCGUUUGAUAGCAGCGAGGACGAGAAUUUCUAUACGCCGCCGGGAAGCGUGUGCUCGGAUCUGGAGCCGCGCUACAAGCUCUACAUAUUUGGCGACGAGCCCACUAAGAGGGACCUCAAUGUCCUGAAUGCCAUAGGCAGCGUGGACGUCGACAAGGAGACGUAUCCGUUUGUCCAUGCCUGGAAAUCAGCCAUGGAAAGCUUCUCCACCUUUGAAAUGAAUCUCUUCCCAUCGCCGAAGAUGGGGCACAACUUGGAGACUUCGUUGAACAGUAGCGGGCAGCCAUGCCUAUUUUCCAAGAAGCUCAUUGCCACGCCCAAGCUGAGUGCCGUGUGCGCCGUUGAAAGACGCAGCUCCGGGCCAUCGACGUCGCCACUGGCGCCGCGCCUGCCGCGCACUCCGAGUGCCGCCCCUACGACUUCGUCACCGCUUUUGGCGUUUGCGGCAAUGGCGGCGAUGCCGUUCAAAACGCCGCGGAACAAGGUGCGCGGAUUGUUUAGCCAAUAUCGCGAAAGCCGUUGCUACAACGAACUUGACUCGCCGAUCGGCAACGGAAACGGUAGCGGCCCCGAAUUCGAAAACAGCCAGUGAAAAGGGGGGGCCACUAGUAUGGAGUACUUACUCAUACUACUUACCUUACAUUAUGUUAACAUUUUUUUUUAUACAAUGGAAUGGAGUCGGAAUGAAAACAUGAAAUAAAGCACAGAAGAUUA